CUGAAAACUGCGCAGUGCGCACGUAAAAGAAACCAUCCUGGUGUAUGUGAAGAAGCUCCAAUCACAUCACAUCACAAUCAACGCUGCGAAACAACACAACGCAAAACUCAUCAACUUGCCCUACAAAUCCCAUUUCACGAAAUUCCCUCACACAUAUCACAUCUCUCUCACUUCCUUUCUCCCUUUUCGUAAUUUAGGGUUUUGCAGAUUCCAAUGGCGGAAGUUAUCAGCGUGCCUCCAGACUCCCUCGAAAAAUCCCCUUCCUCAUCCGCUCCCCCACCACCGCCGCCGCCUCCUCCCUCCAGCGCCGAAGACGACCUCCCGCCGCCUCCGCCGCCGCCGCAGCAGCAUUACCCUCCCCGGCGAAGGGACAGGAGAGAUGAUAGGGAUUUCGAUCGCCCUCCCAACCGCCGCGGCGAUUACUACGACCGGAACGCGUCGCCACCGCCGCCGAGAGACCGAGACAGGGACAGGGAUAGGGACUUCAAGCGCCGCCGCAGCCCGAGCCCUCCCCACCGUGACCGGCGGUAUUCUCCGGCGCGGCGCUCUCCCCCGCCGUAUAAGCGGUCGCGCCGGGGGAGCCCUCGUGGCGGGUACGGACCUGAUGAUAGCAGACAUGGAUAUGAUUAUUAUGGUGGUUAUGAGCGGGGAACAGGUGGAAGAGGUGGUUAUGCAGAUGAGAAGUCCUAUGGCAGGUUUGGGCCUCGUUCUGCAGGGGGGUACCAAAAUGGGAUUUCUGAUGUAGAAUCUAAUCGUGGUUAUGGAGACAUGUCAAGUGGUGGUUCACAAAGAGAGGGGUUGAUGUCCUAUAAACAGUUCAUUCAGGAGCUUGAGGAUGAUAUACUACCAGCUGAAGCAGAGCGUAGGUAUCAAGAAUACAAAUCAGAGUACAUCUCUACUCAAAAACGAGCUUAUUUUAAUGCUCAUAAGGACGAGGAGUGGUUGAAAGAUAAAUAUCAUCCAACAAAUUUGCUUACAGUCAUUGAAAGGAGGAAUGAAAAUGCUCGACAGCUAGCAAAGGAUUUUUUGCUUGAUUUACAGAGUGGAACAUUAGAACUAAAUCCUGGUUUAAAUGCCUCUAUAUCCAGUAAAUCAGAGCAAGCUAGUGAGCCAAAUUCCGAGGAGGAUGCGGACACCGGAGGUAAACGAAGAAGGCAUGGUAGGGGAUCCAAUAAAGAAAAUGAUUUCUCAGCUGCUCCAAAGGCUCACCCUGUCAGUUCUGAACCAAGACGGAUACAAGCAGAUGUUCAACAGGCCCAGGCCCUUGUUUGCAAGCUUGACUCAGAAAAGGGUAUUGAAGAUAAUACUUUAUGCAACAGUGAUCCCAACAAAAAUGAUGAUAAGGCUCACAGUGGAUCUGUGGGUCCCAUAGUAAUUAUAAGAGGCCUAACAUCUGUUAAGGGUUUAGAAGGUAUUGAGCUUCUGGAUACACUCAUUACAUAUCUUUGGCGGAUUCAUGGUGUAGAUUAUUAUGGCAUGAUUGAGACUAAUGAAGCAAAGGGCCUUAGGCACGUGAGACCAGAGGGGACAAGGCAUGAAGAAACAGGUAAAUCAGGGUCUGAUUGGGAAAAGAAACUUGACUUAUUCUGGCAAGGAAGGCUGAAUGGUCAGGAUCCCUUGGAAGUAAUGACUGCUAAGGAGAAGAUAGAUGCUGCAGCAGUAGAAGUAUUGGAUCCAUAUGUUAGAAAAAUUAGGGAUGAAAGGUUUGGAUGGAAGUAUGGUUGUGGAGCUAAGGGCUGCACAAAGCUUUUUCAUGCUGCUGAAUUUGUGCACAAACAUCUGAAGCUCAAACACCCAGAGCUUGUUAUGGAACAGACUUCCAAAGUACGAGAGGAUCUCUAUUUUCAAAAUUACAUGAAUGAUACAGAUUCUCCUGGUGGGACGCCCAUCAUGCAGCAACCUCAGAGGGACAGGCCUUUAAAACGAAGAUUAGGUCUUGAGGGCCGAUUGAGAGAUGAUCGUGGUAAUCGGCGAGACCAUGAUCGGAAUGACAGAUUAAAUGGAGAUAGGCCUGAUAAUUCCCCAUCUCAUGAAAGGAAGGCACUUGAGAUGGGAAACCAUGAUGAAACAAUGUAUGAUUCAUAUGCUGGACCAGGUGUACCUCCAUUUGCCUCAGAUAUACCUCCUCCACCAGUGUUGAUGCCUGUCCCUGGUGCUGGGCCUUUGGGACCUUUUGUUCCUGCUCCCCCAGAAGUUGCGAUGCAGAUGCUAAGAGAUCAAGGAGGACCAUCAUCAUAUGAUGCCUCAGGAAGAAAGAUGCGAUCUGGCCCUCAUAUGGGUGGAGCUGCACCAAUAAUUGCUGUUCCUCCAAAUUUUAGACCAGAUCCUCGGAGGAUGCGAAGUUACCAAGAUCUGGAUGCCCCAGAGGACGAGGUCACUGUGAUAGACUAUCGGAGUUUAUAGGGUGUCAUUUUGGUGGCCGAUUAUGCCAUGAAUAAUUUGCUGGCUUCAGCCUCUAUCUUUUCGUGUCAUGGGGGAUAGACUUUUAAAUUGUACUGCAGUUUAGAUUUAGUGUUAAAUAUUUGUUGAACUGAACUUUCUUUUAAUAUUAUACUUAGGUCAGUGAUCCGUAAUUUUGUACGGAAGUCUUCCCAUCACUGAAUUGAAAGUGAUAACAUAUAGCACUUUAAAAAAAAAAAAAAGAGAAUUUAGAAGAACCAUGCAUUUCGGUAAUUAUUUGUAUCCUCGUGACGUGACGCCUCUUGUCACAUUUCUUUCGUCAUAUUUAUUUCUAUUUCCUUC